AUGGCGCAAUGUCGACUACUGAACGAGCUCUACCAUCCUUGCGUUGUGCAGUACUUUGGCGUUUGUCUCAUCGCCCAACCGAACUGUUUCGUUUUCGAAUACGUGUCAGAAGGUCCCCUUGACGAGUGGCUUCGAAAUAAUAGGGAUAGUAUAAAACGAGACGAGCUGCUGUUAAUGGUUAUGAGUGCCGGUUGGGGACUCGAAUACCUCCAUCAGAACUCGAUACUCCACAGAGAUAUAGCCGCCAAGAACUGCCUCUACGACAAACAAUUUGCGAAGCUGAGCGGUUUUGAGAAAUCCAAGAAGGGCACCACGUACACAAUGAAAACGCCGAGAAAAAUGCCCGUAAGGUGGAUGGCUCCCGAAGUUUUGGAAACUUACGUGCACUCGCAAAAAUCCGACGUAUACACUUAUGGAAUUCUGAUUUAUGAAAUUUUUGCUUUGAAAGAGCCCUACGAAGGUCUUUCAAAUAUCAAUGCAAAACAGCUGUGUGUCACAGCGACGGUUCGCCAGAACAUGGACGCUCUGGUCACGAGAGACGUGGAACUGCAGUCACUGCCGAAUUUCGAAGAACCACGGACGAGGACUCCUCCUCAAGUGAAGAAGAAGAAAAGGAAAUAG